CAAAGCAAUAUAUUUCUGAUAAAUAUCCUAAAAUAUUACCAGUUCGGUGUAUUGCUCACCAUAUUCAGUUAAUUUGUAGUGACAUAAUAUGCAAAACCUCAUUUGGAAAAAAAGUAUUACAACAAUGUCAAUCAUUUGUUACAUAUUUUCACGCAUCUCAUCGAUCUGGUGCAAUUCUGCGUAAUGAAAUAAUUAAUUUUAUGAUAAAUAAAGGGGGGUUAAAAAGUUCUGUUUGUUCACGUUGGUCAUCUGCAUAUGAUUGUGUACAAUCAGUUCUCAAUUUAGAAAAUUGUAUUAAACAGAUUUUAGACAAUGACAAUUCAGCUAUGACAUUAGAAUUACAAAAUCUUACACGUGAUCGUCAAUUUUGGGCAAAUGCAGAAGUAUUAGCAAAGGUUUUAGCUCCUGCUAAAAAUGCAGUUAAAAUAGCAGAAUCUAAAGCAACCACAACUGCAGAUAUUUUUUUAUUUUUAAUUCAAAUGGCAAUAGCUAUUAAUGCACUUAAAAAUAAUGAUUUAGCAGAACGUAUUGAAUUUC